AUGGAAGAAGCCAUACGGAGUGUAGAAGAAAAGGAAGGCAUCCGCUUAACGUGGAAUACCUUCUCAAACACAAAAGCCGAAACAGCAAAGAAUAUCAUCCCUCUGGUGUGCCUGUAUAAGCCAAUGCACGGGUAUCACAACAACUCACUGUUGCAGGUAGGGUAUUCUGCGGUUAGGUGCUCAAAGCCAGAGUGCGGGAGUGUUCUGAGCCCAUACUCCUCCUUGGACUUUGGGGCCAAGCAUUGGGGAUGCAUCUUCUGCGGGCGCAUGAACAUGCUGCCACCGCACUACAGAGACAUAACACCAGAGAACCUGCCAUACGAGCUGUUUGGGGAUAGCACAACUGUCUUCUACAAAGGAAACAAGACUGCUGGAUACAAGAGAACAUACUGGUUUGUUGUGGAUGCAUGCAGUUUUGAUGAAGAGAGGCACCUGCUGCUGAAGGACGGUCUGUUGACUGCGCUUGCUGGGAUGAGUGACGAUGACCACAUUGGGAUAAUUCGGUACAGCGCAAACAUUGAGAUAAUUAGCUUGGAGAAUUUGGACGUGCGGAAGGUGCAUGUGUUCCCGGCUGUUGAGUAUACAACAGCAGUGCUUCAGAAGGCCUUUUCCCCAGGGACGGGCACUUCUUCUCCUUUGUUUAAGUUCACGAGGCGAAAGGGAGACUGCUGCGCAUACAUUGAGCAGAUCUUUAAAAACCUUCAGAUAAACUCAUUCCCAGUCCCUGCGGUUGAGAGAGCAAAGAGGUGCACAGGCAGUGCGAUACAACUGGCAAGCACCAUCAUACAGAAUACGUGCGCUGAAGGCACUGGGCACAUGAUAGUCUUUACACAAGGCCCGUGCACAUAUGGACCGGGAACCAUUGCAGCUUUGAGUCUUAAGCAAUCACUUCGAAUUGCAGGAAAGGAUCUUUCCAAGCUAUUUGCAAAGGAGUCAAUAUACGAGACCAUAGCUAGUAGCAUGGGGGCCAAAGGGCAUGUCAUUGACAUUAUAGCUGCUGGAAUUGAUGACUUCGGGUUUGCAGAAAUGAGAAGCCUAAUUGAGAAAACAGCAGGUACAUCUGUGUUUGCCAGAGACUUCAACCCAUACAUCUAUAAAGAGUCAAUAAAAAGAAUGUUCAUGAAGGAUGAUAAAGGACAUGCCAUGCAGCGGGUAUUUGAUGCACGCACAACAGCAAAGGUAACCAAGGGAUACCGCAUAAAGAAUGCAAUAGGACACGGGUUCGAACAAAACACAGACAAAAAGCAAAAUUAUGUCUGGAAGCAGGGAAGCUUGUUUGACCGGUCAACAAGUGCUUUGGUUUUUGAGCAGAUAGAGGAUGCGCCUGCAGGAGCAUCUGUGCACAUGCAAAUAUGCACGCGGUUUAUAGAUAGCACCGGAGAGGCAUUUGAAAGAGUAACAACAAUUGCCAGGGCAUUUGGAAACUCGUCAAAUAUAAACCAGAUAAUUACUGGAUUUGACCAGGAAGCAGCGUGCGUCUACAAGGCAAAGGAGCUCUCCAUCAAUGCAGACAACGGAGAUGGAAUCGAUGUAAUAAGGCAGGCAGACAGGUGUCUGAUCAGGUUUAUGCAAAGGUUCUGCACAUUUGAGAAGGACAGUGCCAGCUCAAUUCGAGUGCCAGGGACUGUUUCUUUCUUCCCGGAGUUUCUGUUCUUCCUGAGAAGGCUUCCUGCUCUGCACACAGACGGGCUGAGCUUGGAUGAGGUGGCGUACCAGCGGGCAAUUCUUCUGAACGAAGACUCUCCAUCUACUAUGUGUAUUAUAAGGCCGCCCCUGGUUGCCUUCCACUAUACAGGAGAGAGGUACCCAGUUGAGCUGGACUCCAGGUCUCUCAAGUCUGAUGUGGCUUUGCUUGUGGACACAUUCCACGACGUAGCCAUAUGGUAUGGAGAAAACAUAGCAGCCUGGGUGAAGUCUGGCAUAAAAGAUGAUCCUGAGUACUGGUUCUUCAAGGACAUGCUUGAGUCUCUGGAGAAGGAGGCCAAGGCAAUUGUUGACAAGCGCCUUCCAGUUCCUAAGCUCACAAAGUGCGACCAGUACAGCUCGCAGGAAAGAAUUCUUCUGUGUAAAGUAAACCCUGCCUCGUCUGUGGCCAACAGCAUGUCUGGAGAAGGCCAGACAAUUGUAACAGAAGACAUCGACUUUGCCAGAUUCUAUGAAUACUUGAUAAAACUUGUAGUGGCUUCAUAA